UUUAUCAGAAAUUCGUCGUGCUGUACGCUGCAGCUUGCAAUAUCCAAUUUAUUAAAUUUCCAAGUUUUCUCUUAACAAAAAACCACUCAUUUCGCGAAAAUGACUAAUCUAAAAACUGUUCUGGUAAAAUUCUACGAUGAGUACACCAACAACACGCCCAAGAAGCUGAAAAUAGUCGACGCCUAUCUGUUGUACAUUUUGCUUACCGGCAUCACGCAAUUUGUUUACUGCUGCCUUGUUGGAACUUUCCCGUUCAACUCGUUUCUGGCUGGAUUUAUCAGCACCGUAAGCUGCUUCGUGCUGGGAGUUUGCCUUCGACUGCAGUCCAAUCCGCAAAACAAGUCGCAAUUUUUGGGAAUCUCACCGGAGCGAGGAUAUGCCGAUUUUAUCUUUGCACACAUUGUACUGCAUUUGGUGGUGGUCAACUUUAUCGGAUAGAUUCGAAAAUUAAUUUACGAUGAGUCCUUCAAGUAAUCAUAACUCCGUAGUAAGCGUAAGUGUGUGCAUUUCCAUAUAAAAAUAAUGAAACAAUCGUCCUAAU